UAUUUAAGACUUAUACAAAUACAACGCCUCCUCUCAGCGUAUAUUCCAGAUGAUACUGUCACAUCAGAUGACCUUUCCGCGUGGAUGUCAAAAGAUGGCUCAUGGGGCACGACUAUUCGAAAGCAAUCUAAUAAAAAAAGAAAACAUUUUACUUGGGAUGAUCUUUCAAAUAUUCAGGAAUAUAGAUCACUGGUCAGAUCGUCAAUGGCCACCAAAUGUACUGUUGGUUACGUACGAAAAUCAAAUACCCAUGAACCUGACACAACCAAAAAAAAAAAAAGCUAG